AGCCUAGCCUAUGAUGAGCAGAAGAAACGUGAGGGAUAAAUAAUACGGAGAGAGAGGAACAGACCGAGCGGCACAAAGGAGAGAGGAGAGUGUUGUGCGGGAGGGCGAGAUAGAGGGAGAUGCAGGCAGUGGCCUAGAUGUGCGAAUCGCCAAGAGUUGCUCUUUCUGGUUCACUGGAUGGAGGCUGUUCUCGCGCAGGGAGGACUAUAGAAAAUAUGAGGUUUUACGUGGUUUGUUGAAGGCUACACAGUGAAACGUAACUUUUUCCAGCACGUGUUUUCGUUCAUUCGUGUUCUGUAUUUUUAUGUGGCCUACUUUAUGUGUGUUUUGGGGAGAAAUGGGUCAAUAAUUUCGAGGCGCGCAAGCAGUAGCGCACAGUCCCACACACUGCCGCGCGUUAUGGCUCUCUCUGUCAAACAUGGUGUAUGAAAAUGCACUGAACCUUUCACAUGUACACAUUGUGAAUAUAUAGUUCACGCCGCUCCCUUCGUCCCCCCUGUGUGAUGACGAUGGAGGUGGAAGCUGACAGCGGCAGAGGUAUAUCAAGGAGCGCUCAUGAUAAAUGCCCGCGGGCGGUGGAGCGCAACGGCUACGUGAAAACAUGUGUCACCCCUCUGUAUCAGGACGCGGGCUGCCAGUCGUGGCUGAGACUCGCAGAUAUAUGGAGUUCCCUAAGACUUUCGUCCGCGGUGUGUGUGGGCUCUGUUUCGGUUAUUCUUGCUUUGCUGGUCAGAUUGGUGGACUGGGACGUGGAGCAGCAGAGUUGCAGCAGUAACAGCAAGAAUAACGGCGAGUCUGGUUCUCUACUUCAUUUCGUAGCGACCUGUGUGGUGGAACUGUUGUUGAACAUUUGGUACCUCGUGUCCCCCGUCUUCACUCUCGUAUGUGCCUUCUUUUGGGUUGGCUUGUACCUGAUCCGCUGCGGGGUGCUGAUCCGGACCGCGGUGUUCCUGUUGGCAGUGUGUCACUUCGGCGAAGCCGCCGCGCAGUCUCUCCUGCACGGUGCGGAGGACCAGUUGUUGUCUUUCACCGCCACGGUGGUGGUUCUAUCCUGUCUAGCCGUCGGGGCGCUGAUGGUGGUCAGACUCGGACAGGGGGUUUCUGUCAUCGUCUUCAUCAGUAUCAUCAGAACUGUGUCUCUCAUCUCCCUCAACAAGAUCCGGGCCAGCUGGAGACCCUACCUGGCGUACCUGGUAGGAGUGCUGGGGGUCCUGCUAGCGAGGUAUGCUGACCGGCUCCUGACGGGCUCAGUGCCACUCGGGGCGGGUUGUAGCUACGUGACAGCGGGGAAGGAAGAGAAUAUCAUUCCCGUGUUUAAAAGGCGACGAAGGUCCAGUUCAGUGGUCUCUUCAGACAUGGCGCACAGUCACAGCAACAGCAAGUCCCACCGAAGGACCUCGCUCCCAUGCAUUCCACGGGAACAGAUGAUCUCACAGACUGAAUGGGACCACAAGAGGGGUGCCCGGGGAUCCCAGUCGUCGGGUACCGGUGUGGUGGUGGACAUAGCGGUGAUGGGGGAAGCCCAUGGAUUGAUCUCAGACCUGCUGGCAGACCCCUCUCUGCCCCCCAACACCUGCAGUUCCCUGCGGGCUGUCAGUAACCUGCUCAGUACCCAGAUCAGUUUGCAGCCGCUGCACCGGCCGCGAAUCAACCCUCUGCAGGCACUCAGCGACACACACACCUGCUCCGACUCCGAGGACUGGCCAGAGAGAGAGAAACUGGCCAUCCCAAAGCGUCUGCGACGGAGCCUGCCUCCAGGCCUGCUGAGAAGGAUCUCCUCUACAUGGACCACCACCACCUCAGCUACAGGUCUUCCCACCAUAGAACCAGGACCUGUACGCAGGGACCGCUCUGCCAGCAUCAAACCCCUCCACGACAGUCCACCAUGCAGCAUGGGGAACAGUGAGUCGUGGAACAGCUCUGUAAUGCUCACCAUCUCGAAGAGUCGCUCCAUGUCCGCCUCCUACUCCGCUUCAGCCACCUCCAACCACCUCUACAACAGACGCAUGACCAGACCAGGUUACCCCCCCUCCAAUAUAUCUCCUCUGGCCUCUCCCUGCCACUCCCCUCCGGUCCAGGGGACCCCUGUCUCCAGCCCCACCACCAAGUCCUGCUCUGUGGACCUACCGGACCCUGUGGACAGCCAGGGAGAGAGGCCUGUGGACCCCCAGGCCCCACACAGAGCAUUAACACACAGCAUCAGUGCACCUAGCUCCACCACACCGCACUGGGGGCCACCAUCCCUCUGCAUCAGCUGUGGCAGACCGUACAGCAGGCUGAGCCAUGGGGAGGGAUCUAUGGACAAAGGGGACAGAAUACCCCACCCUGAUGACCCGGCAGUGGCGUCAUCAGACUGUGAGAGCACCUACGAGACCAACCACAGUGACAGCAGUGACUUUGCACAGAACGAGGAGGACGUGGAGGGGGCCAAGAAGCCCGCGGACACCCAGGACGGAUGCAGGUCGUACCAGCCUGAGGGCAUCGUCCUGCAACCCCUAAUGCCACCUCUAGAGGACACACAGCCUAUCCUGGACUCAGAGCCUCUGGUGAUGUCAGAGCUGGAUCCUCUGAUGACUCAACUCAACAGCUGGAACUUCCCCAUCUUCAACCUGGUGGAGAAAACACAUGGCCGCUCAGGAUGCAUCCUCAGCCAGGUUUCCUACCGCCUGUUUGAGGACACGGGACUGUUUGAGACGUUCAAGAUUCCUGUCAAGGAGUUCAUGAACUAUUUCCAUGCUCUGGAGAACGGAUACAGGGACAUCCCAUACCACAACCGGAUCCAUGCCACUGACGUGCUCCAUGCCGUGUGGUACCUCACCACCCAGGCCGUGCCAGGCUUGCCCAACCUCCUCACAGACCACAGCUCCGACUCUGACUCUGACAGUGGGCUCCUCACCCCCAGCCAUAUAGGCCAUACAGGAUUCCUGGUCUCUAAGAUGUCUGCGGUGAUGGAGGAGGGUUAUGGAUGUCUGUCUGGCCUCAUCCCAUCCCUGGAGCUCAUGGCUCUGUAUGUGGCUGCAGCAAUGCACGACUACGACCACCCUGGACGGACCAACGCCUUCCUCGUGGCGACUAGCGCUCCUCAGGCCGUGCUAUAUAACGACCGCUCGGUGUUAGAGAACCACCACGCUGCGUCGGCCUGGAACCUGUUCAUGUCCCGGCCAGAGUACAACUUCCUGGGCAACCUGGAGCAUGUGGAGUUCAAACGCUUCCGCUUCCUGGUCAUCGAGGCCAUCCUCGCCACCGACCUUAAGAAACAUUUUGACUUCCUGGCAGAGUUCAACGCCAAGGUGGGUGAUGAUGGCUGCUCGGGCAUCGACUGGUCCAAUGAGAACGACCGGUUGCUGGUGUGUCAGAUGUGCAUCAAACUGGCGGACAUCAACGGCCCACUGAAACACAAGGACUUGCAUCUACAGUGGACCGAGGGCAUCGUCAAUGAGUUCUAUGAACAGGGCGAUGAGGAGUCGAGUCUAGGCCUUCCCAUCAGCCCCUUCAUGGACCGCUCUGCGCCUCAGCUCGCCAAGCUCCAGGAGUCCUUCAUCACGCACAUCGUGGGGCCGCUCUGUUCCUCUUACGACUCUGCCGCCCUCAUGCCGGGGAACUGGGUCGACCCCGCCGACGCACGGAGGACGGAGGGAGAGGAGGUGGGGGAACGGGAGACAGAGGAGGAAGAGGAGGAUACAGCAGAGGAGGAUGCGUCGACUAGCUCUGAGAGUUCCCAGAAGCACGUGGUGAAGCUUAAGAAGAGCAGGAGGAGAGUGUUCUGUCCCAUCACUCAGCACCUUCUGGACAACCACGAAAUGUGGACAAGAGUCAUCGCCUCGGAAACCCGGGACACACCGGACAGAGAGGCGCCUACCUGCCUCAGCAACCCCGCCGAGCCAAUCACAGCCAUCCACGAGGAGGAGGAUGAGCCAGCCAGUAAGGAGGAGCCAAUAGAUGGCCAGGUAGAGGAGACAGAAGGGGAAGAGACGGGGCUUGCAGAGGAAGAGGAAGUGGUCGAGCAAUCGGAGACUGCAGAGAAAAGGGAGGAGGAGUUGGAGUGAGAGGAUUAUAGUUGACCCUAAGAUCAGUUUAUCCAAACUCAUACCCUCUCCCAAAUAGACUUUCUGACUCAUGUCAGAAAUUAUACCCUAUUCCUCAUUUGGUGCACUAGCUGGCCAAAAAUAGUGCACUAUACAGGGAUUGGGGUGUUGUUUGAGACGCAGACCCUGAUAUUUGGUUGCCAGCAAAUCACUUAGACACAACACUGUAGAAGUUUGGAGUAACAUGUGCCUAAAGAAAACAAGGUGGAGGGAGGGGAAGCUGAGGAUGAGGUGGGAUUUCUUGUUUUACUACUAUAUUGGAUCAGGUUUCCAUUUCAGAAUCCCUCUCCCUGACGAGGGGCCCGCAACGCAAUAACGGGCCCACAGAACACUGACCCCACUGCCAGCCUCAAGACACAGCCGGCCAUACAAGUGGUCCGCAUCCACCUGACCGCCCUCACAGAACCAGGGUGUACAACGUGGACUGUACUGAAUAGACAGUACAAACACUAGCUCCUGAGGACAAUGGGAUGAAAGUGCGGGAAAAAGCUGUGUCCGCUCUGUGUUGGUUCUCAGGAGAGGACUGAGGACUGGGGAGAGGAGGGCCAGUGUUGAUACAGAGUGUGCUCACACACACACACACACACACACACACACACACACACACACACACACACACACACACACACACACACACACACACACACACACACACACACACACACACACACACACACACACACACACACACACACACACACACACACACAAACCCAUCAGAAGAUUUGCUAGCUACCCCAGGAAGAGGGAAUGGGAAGUCUAACAUAGAACCCUGUAGCUCUGAAAAAAAGCUUUAUACUCAGUCGUGGAAAAUAAUCCACAGCACAGUGUUUCUUCACAUUCUUCAUCUCUCUCCUUGUUCCCAAUUUGACCAUGUUUUCUUUCUUUCUUUCUGUCUUUCUUUCUUUCACUCUCUCCACUUUUGUGUCGGUCAUUCAGGCUCUCCCCCCCCUCUCGCUCCUACGCAGUUCCACAGGACCCAGGAACACUGACACACCCCACUGGGCACACACUAGUUGAAUCAAUCGUGUUUCCACUUCGUUUCAAUGAAAUUACGUUGAACCACAGUGAAAUUGGUAUUGAAUUGACGUCUGCCCAAUGGGAGCCGACGCAGACCCCUCAUCACAGUGUCCUUGUGCCCUUUGUCAUUAUUGCUUCAACCAACACAAGUGAUUGUUCUUUCCUUUGUGUUAUUGGUUUGGGGCUUCACUUUCUUUUCUUUCUUUUUUAACAUUGGCCGUAAGAUAUUCACUCUCAGUGGCGUUUGUGUUUUUUUAAACAUGGCGUGGGGACUUUUUGUUUGGUUGCCUCUCUUAUUUUACGUACCUCGUAUUUUGAUUGUCUGCACACUACAAAGGGAAUCACUUUGAAUCUGAAUCACACAGUUUCUUAUAGAGUUAGAUCUUUCUUUUAUUUCGGAAGCCUCCGUUACGUAUUCCAAUGUAAGAUGUUUUAUAAGUGCAGAUUCUUUUCUCUCUUCACAUAGCCUUGACCCAGUAGAUGAGGUCAUGUACCACCUGGGUGGAGAAGAAGCAUUCAUAUUUGGAUUCAUCUGUUGGAUGUCAAUCUGACCAUGACACUGAAAAAGAGAUUUGCCUUUUUCAAAGGUUCUCUACAGCCGUCUUCAUUGAUAAACAUUUUUUGUAGAACUCUCUCUCUCUCGUAAAACACUUUUGAUGGUACACUGACCUCUAGCCUGUGUUUCUGUGCUCUCUCACAAUGGGAUCUACCACCCAAUACCCUGACCGGAAGUUCAGUCGAGAGAGCCAAUGUCGAAAGUACACAGAUUCUCUUUCAGUAUCUUCAGCGAUUUCCCCAUCGAGUGAGCAGUCUCACUCAGUUCCUUCAGAGAACCAAGCUUACAGUCGUAACCAGGCAUUAUUGAACUCUUGGGGAAUCAUCUAUUUCUCCAUCAGGCUGAAAUGAUAACAGGCCCUGGGCUCCAACAAUCUUUUGGCUAGUCAAGUGAUCAAAGAAAGCUAAUUGCUGAGUGGCCCUUGGAAAGCCUUGAAGGAGAUGUGGAGGAGCCCAGAGGUUCAACCAAGAGAACAUGGUUACAGAUAUACUCCACAUAACCCACAGAGAGACUGUGCUGCUCCAUAGAACAUGGUGAAUCACGCAUGGGGCUCAAUGCAAAGCAAACAAAAGUGUGAAGAAAGAGAAUGCAGUAAAAAUAUCCAUACCAUGAAAGACAGAUGUCUGCUUAGUGUGUGUUUGCGGACUCCCACAAAGAAGUUAUGUAUUUAUUAACUUCCUGAUAGUUUCAACAUUUCAGCCAUAGGUCUAACAUGGUUGAACUGUAGCUACCCCAUUGUAGCUACCACAUGAUACACCUACCUGCAGCUAUCCCAUCUCUCCCUAUCCAUCCCGCUCCUAGCCCAGGGCAGCUCCCAUGACAUGACCAGGCAGAUCAGGCCUAAGCAGGUGUGUGUCCGGAAAGGCACCCUAUUACCUACAUAGUGCACUACUUUUGACCAUCGUCCUAUGGGCCCUGGUCGAAGUAGUGCAGUAUAUAGGGAAAAGGGUGCAAUUUGGGACACAGCCCUGGUGGACUAGCCAGCCAGCCUGAGCCAGGCAGCAUGCUGCAGUCAGCACAUGGACCAGUGCUGGGCUCCCCGUGGCUGUCCAUAGCCCCAUUUGAUGUCUAGAGAGAGAGAGAGAGAGACAAAUUGGUGGUGACAGAAGGAUGAAAGGGAAAGGUAGAGGAAACAGGAGAGGAGAGAGGGAAGUGAAGAGGAUAUGAGAGAGAGAAGUGGAUA